AUGAGGGGGGCUUCUGCUACUUCUUUCAGGAGGCGACAUCGACCGAGACGAAUUAGCUUCCCAGUUGUUGAAUCCACGGCUUUCAUUAAUCCAGCAGUAAUUGAAGUUACAACUAGUCCAACAAAUGCCGAGGUCGCCGCCGCUUCUGCUCCUCCCGCAACGCCGUCUUCUCCGUCGUCCAUUGCAGGGGAGAAAUUCGCCGGCAAAACUGACCCACCUACUCUCAAAAAACAAGAUCUGCUGGUUGCAGAAAUUAGCAGCGGUGGUUAUCGAUUUGAUGCGAUCGAUUAUUGA